AUGAAUUCGCAACAUACAGAGAAUAAUGAAAAAGACAAUUUUAUCAUAUACCUGGAAGAACAUAAUGUCAUAAAUACAAUAAGCAAUAUUCUUUUAAAAUUAUAUGACCAAAAGGAAAGGCCUACAGACGCCAUUCAAUUCAUUCGUGAUAAUAUGUGUAGCGAAGAUGAUUUACCCAUGAAAGAAUUAAAAGAAGAAAAUGAAUUUUUGAGAAAUGAAAAUAUGAGGCUAACGAAUUCUCUUAAUGAAUUAAAUGAUACCUUAAAAAAAUUAAUUGAAGAAGAAAAAAUGAUAGCAUCUACAAAUGCUGAGAGUACACAAAUAUAA